AUGAAAUUUGGAGACAAUGCCCAUAAGAAAUCAUCGUCACAUCUUCCCCAAAGAUUAUUAGCUUUAUUUGUUUCCAUAUUGAUAGCCUUAGCGUCAGGGACUCCCUAUCUCUAUGGUGUUUAUUCUCCACAACUAGUGAAAAGGAUUGGUCUUACUACAUCUGAUUCGGCUACUAUUUCAUUGGCAACCAAUUUGGGCUCAAGUGUAGGUGGCUUGCCGGGCGGACUCUUGAUUGAUCAUUUUGGACCGCAAUUCAGUAUAUUUGUAGGGUCAAUAUGUAUAUUUGUUGGUUAUUUCUCAGUGUUCAAGAUUUACCAACAUCGGUUCAAUCAUUUGUCGGUUAUUUGCAUAGCUAUGGUUUUUGCUGGCUUUGGGUCAAUCACAAGUUAUUUCGCAACUUUAAAAGCCGCCCAGGCCAAUUUUACCAAACAUAAAGGUGUUGCCGGUGCUUUCCCAGUGAGUUGUUAUGGAUUUGCCGCAACUAUUUUUUCAAUAAUAUCUGCUACUUACUUCAAUGACAAUGCUGGUGGACUAUUGGAAUUCUUGGCCUUUUUCUGUGGUGCUGUUACCUUUUUUGGAUCGUUUUUUAUUCAUAUUUAUGUUAAUGAUGAAGAUGAUGAUGAUGAUGUGGAGGAGGCAUUGGCCUCGUUGCCACUGGUUAAUAAUUACCAGCAAGUUUUACAGGGACCUUCUCAAAGAACACCCCAACUACCACCGCCACCGCCAUCAUCAGCAUCGGCAUCGGCAUCAAUAAUCGAGGAACAAACAUCAUUGUUAGCCGAUAUUCAACCGCCCGCACAAUCAAUGACAAAGACAGAUUCAUUGACUGGGUCUUUAGCCGUUUGGGGGAUUGGAGAAAGAACCCCAAGAUCUUCAAUAAGCUUACAAGAGUCAGAAGCAAGUAGCAUUGUUCAGAAUCUAAGAAAUGGCGAACCCAACAAGAUCAAACUGAAAGCAAAAUUGCAAAACCCCUAUCAUACAAUAAAGGAACGUCUCACACAUAAAAUAUUUUUGAUUCACUAUUUUAUUGUUUCAGUGGCCUCUGGAAUUGGACAAAUGUACAUUUUUAGUGUUGGAUUUAUUGUUACAGCACAAUAUUACUACAACAAAAAGAAUAAUGAUGAAGCUCACGUAGGUGGUCAUCUACAACCACGAGUUUCCAUGACGUCACAUGAUCCUGAAGCAGCAUCGCUUCAAGCUCUUCAAGUAUCUAUCAUAUCCAUAGCAUCAUUUCUGGGUCGUCUAUUAGCCGGGUUUCUUAGCGACUUUAUCCAUAAGAAAUGGCACGUUCAAAGGCUUUGGAUUGUUUUAUUCACAUUGGUUUUAUUAGCCGUGAGUCUAUACCUUACCAUAAUUAAUGUUUCUUCAUUCGAAUUAACUUCAGUAGUCUCGGCUAUGAUUGGAGGUAGCUAUGGCCUUAUUUUUGGAACAUACCCUGCAAUAAUUGCAGAUUCGUUUGGUACAAUGACUUUUUCAACCAAUUGGGGUUUAGUUUGCACUGGACCUCUAUUCAUUCUUUACAUUUUGAACAAAUACUUUGGAUGGAUCUAUGAUUCGAAUACUGAUAAGGACACGGGAACGUGUUUUCUUGGGAAUCGAUGCUAUAUGGGUGCAUUUGAACUUAGUUUGGGGUUGUGUAUUGUUUGCUUUUUCGUUACGCUUUUGUUGCUUUACAUGCUGAGGCGAAAGUAG